AUGGAGCGCGGAGGGCGCUGCCUCUUCAGGAGGUGGAGUACCCGCGCAUUGCCCUCCGUGUCUCACACACUACGAUGUCGUGGAACAAUUUCUAACUCAGGUGGGGAGGGAAAUGAUGCAAUCGCUGAACCUCGUCGCGUGCGUCUGGUGCCGUCUGCACCUCAUGGGAACAAUUCUUCGGAGCUAUUUUCUGUCGGUGUGGAUCCCAGAAGUCAUACAUGUGAUCCCGAUGAUCCAUAUUCCCACAUCCAAAUAUACAGAAAGGACAUGGUAGCGGACGCCGGUGGUCGAGCGUUUCAACUAAGUGUUGAUGUUCCGUUGAAAAAAUUUGUGGACCUCUUCAGUGAUUUCGAUGGAAAACGUUGUAAGCUCUGCAACGAAAGCUACAUGCAGUGGCAUAGUCAUAGCAGUGUUAUUCCCCACUCAGGGAGGGAGGCACUUAUGCUUGAGAUGGUCCGUGCAUACUGCGGCCUACCGGAGGAUAUUGCAAAAAUGUGGUGGCAUCGACUCAAUACGUCGCCCGCGUUCAAUCGCAUCCCGAAACUGAGUCAUGACAAUAGUCACACCAGAAAGCGCAGGUUACAGUACCUUCUGAAAUUUCUGAAAGAUAGGGACGUGAUCCGCGACACAUUCAACGUUCACAACAGCUCUGGAACUGCUGGUCGUUCGUGGGAAUUCGAACGUCUCGAAUGGAUUGGGGAUAAUGUUGUGAAGUAUGUGUUUAACGAUCGGUUUAAUGUCAUAUUUCCUGUGCGUGAGGGCGGUAUUCGGGGCCGAUUGGGGUACGCGCAAUUUAUGAUAGAUGGCAAUGAUGGCUUGGCACGCGCCUAUGACUACUUGGAGCUUCAGAAGCUGACUCUAAGUGACCGGGUUGUGAGCAAAUUCAAGAGCGAUGUGGUGGAGACAUUGUUUGGUGAACUUCAGCUUUAUAUUUGGUCUUCAGAGACGGACGCCGGCACUACCUGUUACCCACUUCCAUUUACUGGCGAGAUGUUUUCCCUUCGUGCUCUCGUGUGGCACGUGAUGGAGGAGUUGGCACAUGUAAUGUUUAUGUAUCACGUGGAACACGCGCUUGCGGCUAUUCAGCGUGUUGUAAGGGAAAAUCAACUGCAAUUUAUCCGUGCAGAUCCUGCACUGCGCGGUCAUGCGGACCUGCAGAGUGAGUUGGCAAACACGGUUUACGCUAAAAAAGCUGCGUCUGGGCCAAGCAAACUCACGUCGACAAAAGUGUCUCCUGGUGCCCGUUUCAGGGACGGUGGUGCCUCGUUUUACCACGAAGCAUCGAACUAUGAUGGUUUCAAACGUGUGUGCACUCUUGGGGGUCUCCUGCCCCGACCAUUUUCACCCCGUGAGUUGACGUCCACAACGUCUUUUCUUCCUCAUUUGCAGGAAGACAGUGCGAUGACACGCCGAGUGCCUGUGGACUGGACACGUAAACUUUUUGACGAUUGCACUGGCAACGCCACGAAGAAGCCCGGAGCCCCCAACUUUUUACCAUGGCAGGCCGUCACGCUACAGCCCCGUUCCCGUUGUUCUGCAGAGGAGGCUGGACGGUCAACUUCACGCCUGGGUAUUCCUGAAUUGAAGGACGCACUACUAGUGGCCGAAUUAGUUUAG